AUGUCAUUGCUUCAAAGAGCAGUGGAAAGUAAUGGUUUGAUAGUUAUCUCCUGCAGAAAUAACCACAAGCUUAUUGCUAAGGUUAGAGCGUUUGAUAGACAUUGUAAUAUGAUUUUAGAAAAUGUUAAAGAACUUUGGACUGAGUCUGUGAAGAAUAAUAAAGGAAAAAAGAUAAAAGAUAUAUCUAAGGAAAGAUUCAUAUCCAAGAUGUUUCUUAGAGGCGAUUCUGUGGUUAUAAUUUUAAAAGCCUAA